UCCAAGCAAUCACUUAGUCGGAAGCGAGAGUUACUGUUCAUCAGAUGUGGUGUUGUGAUAUUCCAGGAUGUAACAUUGCAUGAUCUUGAUGCUGCAAAUGCUCGUCCACAAGGUUGGCGGGAUAUACUAUCGCUUUGGGGUAGAUGAUGAAACCUCAGAAGACCAAAAUCACUGACAAGCUACAACAAGAAAUCAGUAAGAAGUAUGCAGGAAACCCCUACACCUGCCAAAUUGUUUACUCCUUUGCCACACAGCUUAUCUGAAUCAUUCGAGCUGAAGCCAGGUAUGGACAAAGAUAAGGAUCCCAUGGCAGGAAUAAUGGAUUUAAUGAAGAACAUGUAUGAUGAGGGAGAUGAUGAGAUGAAGUGGACGAUUGUCAAAGCAUGGUCAGAUGCUAGAUCUGGAAAGGCAACUGAUCCAAUGAAGGGUUUUGGUCAUUAAUUGUUAUUUCUUUGUUAUGUUGUUGAUAAACCUCAAUAUUGCUAGUUUGUUGGGUGCUAGUGAUGUAACUAAAACUAUUCUUGUCAUGGGGUGGUUUUUUCUCGA